CGGAGUUGCGCUGCACAGAGGAGCCGAUGCCCGAGCAGAGAUCCACGCAGCCCGACUUUAGAGCCUUUACCCGGGUCUAGUGCACCUCUCCGCCCGCAGACAGGCUCUCUCCGCCCGCAGACAUGCCCUCCCCGCGGCUCCUGUGUGCCGUGGCUCUCCUCCUGCUCCACACCUCCGCAGAAGCCGAGCAGCGGAGGUUCUCUCCGGAUCAUCUGCUCGUCAUCACCGCCGCCACAGAAGAAACCGACGGAUUCAAACGAUUCAUGAAGACGGCCACACAGUUCAACUACACCGUUAAGGUGCUGGGGUUGGGGGAGGAGUGGAGAGGAGGUGACGUGGCUAAAACAGUAGGAGGAGGUCAGAAGGUGCGAUGGCUGAAGAAGGAGCUGCUCCGACACAAAGACGACCCCCAGAAAGUCAUUCUGUUUGUGGACAGUUAUGAUGUCAUCUUCGCCUCCGGCCCUGAGGAGCUCCUUCAUAAGUUUUCUCGUUUCGGACACAAAGUUGUUUUCUCGGCGGAGGGAUUCUGCUGGCCCGACCAGAGACUGGCCUCCAAGUACCCCGAGGUGCAUUCUGGGAAACGCUACCUCAACUCAGGAGGGUUCAUGGGCGUGGCUCCGGAGCUCGCCGCUUUGGUCCAACAGUGGAAAUAUAAAGACAACGACGACGACCAGCUCUUCUACACACGCAUCUACCUGGACAAGGCCCAGAGGACCAAAUACAACAUGACUCUGGAUCAUCGCUCCAGAAUCUUCCAGAACCUGAACGGAGCUGUGGAUGAAGUUGUGUUGAAGUUUGAAAGAUCCAGAGUUCGAGCCCGAAAUGUGGCGUACGACUCUCUCCCAGUGAUUAUCCAUGGCAACGGCCCCACCAAGUUACAGUUGAAUUACUUGGGGAACUACGUUCCUUCGUCGUGGACGUAUGAACACGGCUGUGGCGGUUGUGACGAUGACCUCGUCGACCUGGACGAGCUGAAGGACGAAGAGCUCCCCCUGGUGUACGUGGCCGUGUUCAUCGAGAAGCCCACGCCGUUUAUGGAGGAGUUUUUAGAGCGACUGACCACCAUGACGUAUCCCCCCUCCAGACUCCGCCUCUUCAUCCACAACAACGUGGUGUACCAUGAGAGACAUGUGGACAGUUUUUGGCAGAGACACAAAGACUUGUUUCCUGACGCGGUUCUCGUGGGUCCAGAGGAAAACCUCCAAGAAGAAGACGCACGGACGAUGGCUGUGGGGGCGUGUCAGAAGGAUCCGGGCUGUGAUUAUUUCUUCAGCAUCGACUCAGACGUCGCUCUGACCAACCCAGACACACUGCGCCUCCUCAUCCAGGAGAACAGGCCUGUGAUCGCUCCAGUUUUGUCCAAACACGGGAAACUGUGGAGUAACUUCUGGGGCGCUCUGAGUCCAGAGGGUUUCUACUCACGCUCUGAGGACUACAUCGAGAUCGUCCAGGCCAAGAGAGUAGGCGUGUGGAACGUUCCGUACCUGACUCAGGUGUAUCUGGUCCAGGGUCCAAUCCUCAGGUCCAAACUGAGCCAAGUCCAGCUCUACAAAGACCCAGACCUGGACUCGGACAUGGUCUUCUGCCGCAGCGUCCGGGAACAGGGCGUGUUCAUGUUCGUGUCAAACAGAGACGAGUUUGGACGACUCGUGUCCACCUCAAACUUCAACACGACGAGACUCCACCCGGACAUGUGGCAGAUCUUUGACAACCCCAUGGACUGGAGGGAGAAAUACAUCCAUGAGAACUACUCCAAGAUCUUUGAGGACGAGAAAAAUUUUGUGGAACAGCCCUGUCCAGACGUGUACUGGUUCCCUGCGUUCUCAGAGAAGAUGUGUGACGACCUCGUGGAGACGAUGGAGGAUCACGGCCAGUGGUCUGGAGGCUCCCACAAGGAUGAGCGUCUGGCGGGGGGGUACGAGAACGUUCCGACCGUCGACAUUCACAUGAACCAGAUCGACUUCGAGAAAGAGUGGCUCAAGUUCCUCAAAGAAUACAUCGUCCCCGUGACGGAGAAGCUCUACCCGGGAUACUACCCCAAGGCUCAGGCUGUGAUGAACUUCGUGGUUCGGUAUCGUCCUGACGAGCAGCCGUCUCUCAGACCUCACCACGACUCGUCCACCUUCACCAUCAACAUCGCCCUGAACAGCAAGAACCAGGACUACCAGGGCGGCGGCUGCAGGUUUCUCCGGUACGACUGUAAAGUGGAGGCUCCGAGAAAAGGCUGGUCGUUCAUGCACCCGGGACGUUUGACCCACUACCACGAAGGACUGCCCGUCACCCAGGGGACCCGCUACAUCAUGGUGUCAUUCGUCGACCCGUAGAGACCGGGACCAGGACCGAGACCAGGACCAGAACCAGAACUAGGACCAGAACUAGGACCAGGAACCCGACCAGGACCAAGACCAGGACCAAGACCUGGAUCAAGUCCACGAGGGCCUCCCCGUCACCCAGGAGGCCCACUACAUCAUGGUGUCAUUCGUCGACCCGUAGAGACCGGGACCAGGACCAAGACCAGAACUAGGACCAGGACCAGGACCGAGACCAGAACUAGGACCAGGACCAGGACCAGGACCGAGACCAGAACUAGGGCCAGGACCAAGUCCACGAGGGCCUCCCCGUCCCCCAGGAGACCCACUACAUCAUGGUGUCAUUUGUCGACCUGUGGAGACCCGGGGUUUCUACACUCACCUCUGUUCUGGUCUCUGAUUGGUCCUUCCUCUGUUCUGGUCUCUGAUUGGUCCUUCCUCUGUUCUGGUCUCUGAUUGGUCCUUCCUCUGUUCUGGUCUCUGAUUGGUCCUUCCUCUCUUCUGCGCUCUGAUUGGUCCUUCCUCUUUUCUGGUCUCUGAUUGGUCCUUCCUCUGUUCUGGUCUCUGAUUGGUCCGUUCUCUUGGAGCAUGAAGCCAGUUUUUUUAGGGACAAAUAUUUUCCUCCAAUCAAAACUUUUAUGAUGAAAUUAUUUUUGAGAUUUUAAAAUGAGGAUCUAUUUUUACUUUGUCUUUUCCUGCUUUGAACUGAACAUUUUAUAUUUUUAUUAGAACUGUAAACUGUUAGAACUGUUUAAACUGCAGCAAAGGCAACAGACCCAGAUGCCCUCCCAGCGUGGGAUCCUUCGUCUCAUUCCUCUGUUAAUCAUUUUACUCCAGAGUCUAGACAGAUUUAAAAUAUUAAAACAAAGUUCACCUUUUGCCUUAGUGAGUCCACACUCACCUGUACACACCUGUGUGUAUGCACCUGUGUGCGUGCACCUGUGUGCGUACACCUGUGUGCGUACACCUGUGUGCGUACACCUGUGUGCGUACACCUGUGUGCGUACACCUGUGUGCGUACACCUGUGUGCGUACACCUGUGUGCGUACACCUGUGUGCGUACACCUGUGUGCGUACACCUGUGUGUUCUCAAAGUUGUUUUUCAUGUCAUGACUUUAUUUAAGUUUUUGUGAUUUUGUACAAACUGAGUUAAGUUAUUUUUAAUAAAGUUUGGUG